AAAAACUCCAAAAUUAUCUCGUCUUUCUCUCUCUCUCUCCUAUCAAAAAAAACAUGGCGGCUCAGAAAAGAGAGAAAGACGAAACCGAUCUUAAGGUCCCCGAGAAUUUCUAUCCAUUACCGAAGCCUGAUCCGCCGACGUUGUUAGAUCAUCCGAUCCGUAAUAAGGUUCCUAACGCAGAUGAAUCCAGAUCCUCCUCUGUUGUUAAGAUGAUUCCAGAUCUACCUGCUGCUGCUCAACCGUCUACGUCGCAUGAUCAACUGAAGAAGAGACGAGAGAUUAAUCGUUGUUCGGGAUGCAGUCGGAAGGUUGGACUCACCGGAUUCCGUUGCCGGUGCGGGGACAUGUUCUGCAGGGACCAUCGCUAUUCUGAUCGUCACGAUUGCAGUUUCGAUUACAAGGCGGCCGGUCGUGAGGCCAUUGUUCGUCAAAAUCCAUUGGUCAGAGCGUCCAAGAUUCUUAAACUUUAGAUCAUCAACAAGAACAAGAACAGGAAGAAGAUGAUUGUUUAUUUGUUUGUUUGUUUCUUCCGUUUUAGAUCGUAGGUUCCAAGUGGUAUGUGUAAAAUUUUAUAGAGACGAGGAUAUAAUAGUCAAUUUAUCGUGUUAACUAAAAGCUUAACCCAGAAUAUUUAAAUUUUUUUUA